AUGGCGGCUCCUCGUAGCCUCAAGUCUCCCGCAUUGGAUGUGCCACCCGAACCACCGUUCAAGCGCCUGAAGCUCACCGACAGCACCAAUGGCAUUCACAACUCCGCAUCGGCACCAGAUUCACCCAACUCCACCCCAGCAACAGCAGAUCUCGCUGAACAACUCGACGCCGACUUGCGCAAUAAAUAUGUCAAAGGCAGUAAACUCGGGUCCGGUCAAUACGCCGAUGUCUUCUCGGCCCACGAACGCGAUGACCCCAGCAAACUCGUCGCCAUCAAAAAGAUCAAAGUCGGAGCCGAAGCCAAAGAAUUCGGCAUUUCCUACGAUUCCCUGCGCGAAAUCAAAUUUCUCCAAGAACUCGACCAUCCCAACAUCAUUAAACUGCACGCCGUCUUCAGCACCAAAGGCCAAAAUCUCAAUCUUGUUCUCGAACAACUCCCACAAGGGGACCUCUUAAAAUUGAUCCAAGACACGCAGAAUAUCAGCUACACCCCCUCGGACAUCAAAAGCUGGAUGUUAAUGCUCCAACGCGCCAUUCAUUUCUGCCACGCAAACUUCAUCUUACACCGCGACAUCAAACCCAACAACCUCCUCAUCGCCAGCAACGGAGAAAUCAAACUCGCCGAUUUCGGUCUCGCGCGCAGUUUCGCCGAUCCCUAUCAACACAUGACUUCCCAAACCAUCACCAUCUGGUAUCGUCCUCCCGAACUCUUCUACCAAGCCAAACACUACGGCGGCGCCGUAGACAUUUGGAGUUGUGGAUGCGUUUUCGCCGAACUGAUUGCUCGCGAUGUCCUCUUUCGCGCGUGGCCCGAAAGUGAACUCGGCAUGAUUAAAUUAAUUUCCGAAAAAGUCGGAACACCGACGGAACAGAAUUGGCCUGGAGUGAGUGGUUUACCCGGGUAUUUGACUCCAGAACCGAUAUAUCCGCUCAAACCGAAAAGUUAUUGGGAAGCGAAUUUUCGUGCGAUUGGAGAGGUUGGAGUGGAUUUGUUGAUGGGUAUGUUGAUGUUGGAUCCGAGGAAACGGUUCUCUGCCGAAGGGGUGUUGAGACAUCCGUUUUGGACGAGUGAGCCCAGACCGAGUAAGUUGGAGGAUUUGCCGAAGAAAGGUGGUGGGGGUCUGGAGCAGAUGGGAGAGGAUUUGAAGAGGAGAGGAGGGGAGUUGCCGUUGGGGGAGGGAGAGAGGGGGGAUAAGGUGGCGAGGAAAUUGUUUUGAUGGAGUGGUGAUUGUUUGGGUUGGAGGGGAGCGUGAUGAGGGUAUAAUAAUGAAGUAAUGAUAUCAG